CCCAUAGUGUGUAUUGCAGCACUGGCUCUCUCAGUGUGUGUUGUCUGUGGCGGGAAGGUUCUGGUGUUUCCUAUCGAUGGCAGCCACUGGGUCAACAUGAACAUUCUGAUCAAGGAGCUUCAUUCUAGGGGGCACACCAUCACUGUGUUCAGGUCUUCAGGAAGCUGGUACAUCAAAGAGUCAUCUCCACACUACAGUUCGAUCACCAUAGACACUCCGGGGGGGUUCGACGAGGCCUUCUUGAAUGAACUCACGUCUCGCCUGAUACAGAUCCAGGCUGACGGCGAGUCGAGCUGGACACGUCUCCAGGUGGAGUGGGAGCUCAUGGUAAAGGGUGCAGAGAUGACUCAAAUGGAGAUCGAGAUGCUGUCGAAAUUGCUAGACGACCACAAGCUCACACAGUCCCUCAAGGAUGCCAAGUACGAUCUGGUUUUGGCGGAUCCGGUGCAACCAUCUGGAGCCAUCCUAGCUCAUUACCUGAACUUGCCCUUGGUCUUUAAUGUCCGGUGGACUGCUCUCGGUGAGGGGCACUUUGCCAUAGCUCCUACGCCUCUGUCGUAUGUUCCCAUGCCUAUGAUUGAGCUCACAGACAAAAUGAACUUUCUUGAAAGGGUUUUAAAUGUUCUUUUUUUUGCCUUUUAUGAACUUCAAGCCGAGUUUAUCCUUCGGCCAAUGUAUGCUCCUUUUACAAACAAAUAUUUGGGUCCAGACGUAGAUUAUUUUCAGUUGAUUCAGGGAGCUGAUAUUUGGCUGAUGCGAGUCGACUUUGUGUUUGAGUUUCCACGCCCCACUAUGCCUAACGUUGUUUACAUGGGUGGGUUCCAGUGUAAGCCAGCAAAGCCCCUUCCUCAAGACCUGGAGGACUUUGUACAGAGCUCUGGAGAACAUGGAGUCAUCAUCAUGUCUUUGGGGACGUUAGUCAGUGAACUUCCAAAACGCAUAAUAGAGGAAAUGGCUGCGGCUUUUGCCCAGCUCCCGCAGAAAGUCAUCAUGAGGUACACCGGAGAAAAACCAUCGACCCUUGGCAAUAACACCCUGCUGGUCGAGUGGUUGCCUCAGAACGACCUCCUUGGCCAUUCAAAGACCAAAGUAUUUGUAGCCCAUGGGGGAACCAAUGGAGUUCAGGAGGCCAUAUAUCAUGGCGUCCCAAUUCUUGGUGUCCCACUGAUGUUUGAUCAACCUGACAACCUCUCAAAGAUGAGAGCUAAAGGGGCAGCAAAGGUCAUGGACAUUUUCUCCGUCAACAGAGACAGCUUCCUCCAGGGCUUACAGGAAGUGCUCCAUGAGCCGUCCUACAGGGAGAACAUGCAGAGGCUCUCCAGGCUGCACAGAGACCAGCCAAUGAAGCCCCUGGACCGAGCCAUCUUCUGGAUUGAGUUUGUAAUGAGACACAAAGGUGCUGCUCACCUGCGCACAGAGUCCUACAAGAUGCCCUGGUACACCUACCACUCAGUGGACGUCAUACUGUUCUUGCUUGCUGUCAUGACUACUUUUGUGGCUACUUUUGUUUUUGGGAUGAAAUUUCUGUGCACCAGGAUUUGUUGUAAACGAAAGUCAAAACAAGAAUAAAAACUACCUCUUUUUUUUUAUCAACAUUGAUAAAAAAAUAUAUAAUAGAAGUGUCAUCUGAUUAGUUAAACAUUUAUGGAUAAUCACUGCAAAGAUGAGAUAAAAUAUUAAUAUAAUGUUCAAUGACGUAACACUAUUACCAUCUGAUGUCUACAACAAUGUGUGUUGCUGGUGAUUUAUUUUUUGAUUUAUUUUCUUUCUUUUUUUUUACUAUUCUUAAUGUUUUAUGUUUAAACAUAAAUUCAGUAAGUGUCUGUGGAGAUUCGGCAUGAUAUAAAAAUGCCUGAGGGUUUGUUUUUGUCCCUAAUCAUGCACUGGAAUGCAGUGGAAUCAAAUCUGAAGGACGGCAGAUGUGUCACAAAAGAGGUAAAGUGAGUAAAGUUACUCCACCAUACUUACCUGCCUGCCUGCCGUGGUCUUGUGUCCUCAGGUUUUCACACACAUCUUAAUGGCACUUGCGUAAGGUGGAUUUGCAUUUUGGCAUUUAUUUUCAAAUUAAAUCAUUCUCUUUCAUCAGCUGCUGAAUGGAUUGUAAUCGACCUCACUUGUAUGUUGUUUUCAGUAGAAUGUCUACAAAAUGAAUAAAUCAAAAUGUGCAUUUUAGGACAUGCAUAUGUACAAACCUGA